AAAUUCAUUACGAAAUUUCAUGUUGUCUUUAAGCAAAGGUCCUUUGGUGUCCAAUAGUUUGCAUCCACAGAGGUUCUUUCUUCUACUUUCAUAUUGAAAAAGAAUAUUUUUACAUUGGCAGAAACAACAAGUGUUACCUUUCCACUUGGUAAUGUGUCUUCUUUUAUCCUAAUGCCUAAAAUUAUGUCCCUUAUUUGGGAAAAAAAUGUUAUAAUGUACUUAUUCCCUUUUACACAUCCAGUUCAACUCACUGAGGUAAAUGUUAGCUCUUUGGUGUCUAGUGAAAGUAAAGACAGGCCAUCGGAAAGUCCUAACUCCCAGUUUCCCAGUGGUGAGUGUUUUGCUUUAGGCAGCAACUUUUGUAAUUUGGAAAUCAGCAAGCUUUUAAGAAACUUUGGCAAAUAUGGGAUGAAGCUUUCAAAAAUGUGGUGACAUUAUUCCAGAGGCAGGAAAGCGUAGUCAAGAAAAGUAGACAUCGGUGCGCCAUUGAAAAUGAUUUUAAUGUGUUUCACUACUACUGCCCGGUAUAUGGAAGAAGAGGACAUAGCGUAAGAAGAUCUAGGUUAUCUUUGAGGAUAAAGUAUUAGCUUGGAGUUCAGAAGCUGUAAUAUUAUGAAGUGAGGGAAGUGCUGGAAAAAACUGUAUAUUAGCCUGUUUGGCUUUGGUUUCUUUUGGUUUGUUGUUCUUCACUGGCUAUGGAUCAAAUAUUGGUACUCUGGGGUUCUCUGACAGAGGUCUACAGUGAAUGGGGAAAUGAAGGAAUUUUAUUGCUAUCAGAUGGCACACCACAUAAUAACUUAACUGACACUGAACACUUCUUGGCAACAACUAGUUGCAACAUAGUUUGCUGAAUAUUUAAACCAUUGCAUCAGUGAGAUACUUGUACCAUUUCUCAGUUAGCUCUCCCACCCUCAUAGCAUCCUGGAAUGCUCAAAAACGGAUGAAUAGCUUAAGUAUGCCAAUAGAGAAAUAUUUGACCUAAACCGCUCUUUUUUGAGUCAUUGCCUUGUGAAUUGUAUUUGGGUUUAUUAUAAUAAAUUAUGACUAUUUAAAAUGUGCUUUUUAUGUCUUCUUUUAUCUUAACUUUGUUAAAGGAUGGAGGUACCUGAAAAUCAAAAGAGGUGAUGCAAAUCAUAAGAUGACUGGGCUUUAAAAAUAGGUGCUGAGAGAAGAUUAAAGAAACUGAUCAGGUUGUUAUUAAAAACUAGCAUUGCUAAAAAAGCGUGCUAGUGAAAGCAUCCAUCAACUGAAAUAUGCCUUGGAGGAAAGACAGUUUGCAAAGGGUGAGGGUGAAGUUGGAUUUGACCAGUCCUCUGUGGAGAAGGAGAUUGAUGAUGUGGACAGGGGCAGUGAUGACAGUGGGAAUGCAGCCUGGCAGGAACUGCAGCACAGUCAUGCAGUUAAUCAGCUUAAGAUUUUGUUGCAACAUCAAGAAAGAAUGGAAAGUGAAGUCUCUCUGUCAAGGAGGAAGAUGUCAUUCUCUAAACUCCCAGAAGCUGCAACUGGAGACUUACCAGCCCUUUCUGAUCUCGUUCCUAUAAUCAAUGAUCAGUCACAGUACAUUAACCAUUUAGAAGCAGAAGUGAAGUUUUGCAAGGAGGAAUUGUCUGGGGUGAAAAAGCAAGUGCAAGUAGUUGUACUUGAAAAUGAGGAACUCCAUCAGAAACUGAAAUUCUUAACUGCGGAACAUAUGUUGAGAGAACAAACUCUUUUAGAUGCCUCAGCAAAUACUCAGAACUCCUGGCCUGUAGGUGGUAAUGACUGUAGCAUGCGUCAGCCUGUCACCUCAUCACCAGUACAUAACAAAGAUCAGGCUUUUGUUACAGCAGCUGUUGGAGAAACAGAAAAAUGGGCUGUAGAACUGGAGAAACUAAAACUUCUUUAUCAAGAAAAAGUCAAUAUCCUUGAUGCUCAAAUACAGUCUCUAAGAAAAGACCUUUCAGAAUCUCAGAAGAUAUGCAAAGAUUUGGAAGGAAGGCUAAAACACCAGAAGUCACUCGUUUCAGCCACGAAUUCUAGCCGAGUUGGUGGUCUGUGUCUGAAAUGUGCACAACACGAGGCAGUUCUUGCACAGACUCAUUCUAAUGUUCACAUGCAGACCAUCGAGAGGGUAACAAAAGAAAGAGAUGACUUGAUGGAUGCACUUGUUUCACUGAGACGAAACAUGAAAGAGAUGCAGCAAAGAGAAUCUACUGCUUGUGAGCAAGUUAAACGAGCUCUGCAAAUGGCAGAAGAGGCCAAUUUAGAAAAAACAAAGGCUCUAGUCCAGUGUGAGCAGCUGAAAAGUGAGAUGGAGCGGCAGAAGAAUCGUCUUGAAAGGGAGUUAGCUGCACAGCUAAGUAAGAGGACUGAUGAAAAAGAAGCGCUGCGGGAAGAAAUGAAGAAGGAAAGGGAGGACUUGGCAGCAAUGGUGAUGUCCAUGUCUGAGAAUGUGGCCAUGUUGGAGGCUCAGGUAGAGAGAAUUACAAGGGAAAAGAACUCUCUAGUUAACCAGUUAGAAGAAUCACAACAUCAGCUUGCAUCUCAUGAAAUGGAGAUGAAUAAGGUGUGUGGAGAAAUGCGCUAUCAGUUGAAUCAAACCAAAAUGAAGAAGGAUGAGGCAGAAAAGGAGCUCAGAGAGUACAGAACAAAAACUAUAAGGGAGCUUGAAAUUAAGGACCAGAAAAUAGAAAAACUGGGAUUAGAGCUGAAUGGAAACAAACAGCGUUUGGAACAAGCCCAGCAGGAUGUGACAGGAGCCAGAGAGGAGUGCCUAAAACUGACAGAACUGCUGAGUAAAUCUGAGCACCAACUGCACCUCACCAGAUUGGAGAAAGAGAGCAUUCAGUACAGCGUUAGCAAUGAAGCAAAGGCCCAAGCCCUUCAGGCCCAGCAAAGAGAGCAGGAGCUGACACAGAAGAUGCAGCAAAUGGAGGCCCAGCAUGAGAAAACUGUGAAUGAACUGGAUUCCUUGCUGACCUCCCAGAAUACAUUCAUAGCAAAAUUAAAGGAAGAAUGUUGUAUGUUGGCAAGGAAGUUGGAACAAAUGGCAGAAAAAUACAGAUCUGAAGUCAACCAGCUUAGUCAGGAAAAAGAGUAUCUUCAUGGCAGAUUGGAGAAGAUGCAGAAACGGAAUGAUGAAUUGGACCAACAAUGUAUCCAGCAUGGGAGAAUGCAUGAGAGGAUGAAGUCGAGGUUACAGCAGCUUGACAAGCACUGCCAGGCCACUGCCCAGCAGUUAGUGGAGUUGCUCAACAAACAGAAUCAGCUCUUCAAAGAGAAGCAGCUGCUUACAGAAGAGGUGCAGUUUCUGCGAACACAGGAAAAAAAUGGGAUGCAGAUCUCAAACAGGACACAGAUGGAAUCAAGUAAAAACCUGGAUGGAUAAAGAGAAAUGAGCAGAAGUCUGCUCUGCACCUGGCUGAACCUUGUCUGAGGCUCACCCAAAGACACCUCUGCAGAAAGCAGGCACACUUGCUGGCUAAUUUCAGUUGGUUUCUAUUUCUUUUUAACUACAGAAUCACAAAUAUUUUGAAGCCUUACCAGCCUACCAAACUUUCUAGGAAGACAGCUGAGAUUUUUCUGAAAAGACUAGGCUUGCAAGGCAGUUCUAACAGCUAUUACAUAGUGUGGACUUAAUCCAUAAUUUGUAUGAUUUUUUAUAUACUGUUUUUAUCUAUUUUUAUAAUUGAACAUAGAUGUCUUAUUUACAGACUGAAAUACCAAUAAACUUAAUUGGAUUCUUA